UGUGGUGUAAGUCAGACUUCCUGGGAAACAACCAAAAAAUAAAAAGACAUAACCUCAAAAGUUUGCAAUUUAAAGUUAAGUGCAAAAUUCGGUGAGUAAAUUAAUGGAUAAGUUAUGUGUUAAUAAUAAUACGAAAUGGAAUUUACAAAUGAACGAAUUACCAUCUUGUACGGUUCGCAAACAGGCAACGCACAAGAUGUUGCCGAAAGAAUCUGGCGUGAAUCGAGACGCUAUUAUUUUACCGGUUGUGUAAAAGCAAUGGACGAUUAUGAUAUAAUAAAUCUUACCAAAGAGAGUUGCGUUAUAUUUAUUUGUUCUACUACCGGACAGGGCGAAGAGCCUGACAACAUGAAAUCAUUUUGGAGGUUUCUUUUACGAAAGAAUUUACCACCUAAUCUGCUUAGUUUGAGGUUUGCAGUGUUGGGUUUGGGUGACUCUAGUUAUGUUAAGUUUAAUUUUGCAGCCAAACGUUUAAAUAAACGUUUAGCGCAACUCGGAGGCGACAUGUUGGUACCGCUAGGUCUUGCUGAUGAUCAGCAUGAUCUCGGUUAUGACGCGGUUGUUGAUCCGUGGAUCACUUCCUUGUAUAAGGAAUUACUUCAACUGUAUCCGUUACCAGGUGGAUUGGAUCCUUUAAGUAGGAACACACUUUUAAAGCCUAGAUGGCAUGUAUCCACAUAUUUAGCCGACAAUGAACCUGUAUCUUCGUGCAUGUACCACACAUCACGUAAGCCGGAUGAAUUCACAGUCACCGUUAAGGAAAUAACAAGAACCACAGAUGAUUCACAUUUUCAAGAUGUACGUUUAAUUAAGCUACAGACGGAUGGGCAACACUAUGUACCCGGAGACGUCGCGGUUGUACGCCCGCGAAACUCCAAAGAGCAGGUCAGCGACUUUCAAGAACUCCUAAAAGCGCACUCGAUCGACAUACCGCCCAAUACCGUGUUCCAAGUUGAUAAUUUAGCCGCCGAUGUUCCGGUUCCAGCACCUCUACGACAGCAGGUCACCUUUCAGCAGUUGUGCGAGCAGUACUUUGACCUAAACGCCGUGCCUAGGCGUAAUUUUUUCAAUAUCCUGCUCGGCUUAACCGAUAAUGACCUCGAAAAGGAAAAGCUAGAGGAGUUUAUCAGCGCGGAAGGACAAGACGAUCUUUACAAUUAUUGCAACAGGCCCAGGCGAAAUAUUGUCGAGGUUUUACAAGAUUUCCCGCACGCUCUGAAGAAUAUCACCGACGACGUUCUUCUGGAGAUGUUCCCGCCCAUAAAACCUCGUGAGUUUUCGAUAGCGAGCAGUUUUAAGGCGCACAAAGACGAGAUUCAUAUAUUGCUGGCCGUCGUGCAAUAUAAAACGAAACUAGUCAAGGAGCGAAUGGGUCUAUGUUCCAACUACCUGGCAAAUUUGCGGGUGGGCGACCACAUUAGCGUGUGGAUAAAGAAGGGAAGCUUUAAGUUUCCUGUUGAUCCGGAGGCCACAGUGAUCAUGGUCGGCCCCGGAACCGGAAUGGCGCCCUUUCGUAGCUUCAUCUGCGAGUGGGAGCUGGAAGGCGGCACCAGUGCCGAUAAAAUCUAUUUUUUCUUCGGCUGUCGAGGUCAGAGCGAUUUCCACUGCAGGCGCGACUUCGAAAGGUUACAGAGAGAGAAAAAACUAACGCUGAUAUGCGCAUUCUCGCGAGAAACCGAACACAAAGUAUACGUACAGCAUAAAAUUGAAGAGAAUGGAGAUCUGUUAUGGGAGUUGCUUAGAACUCGAAAUGUCUAUGUUUUCGUGGCGGGAAAUGCUAAAAAUAUGCCAAGGCAGGUGCGCGAAGCUUUCGUGAGCGUUUGCAAGAUGAAUGGGGGAAUGGCGAACGCGGAUGCGUUUAUAGAAAAUAUGGAAAAGACGGGAAGAUAUCAAACUGAAACGUGGUGAAAGUGGGUGGUUGUAGAAAGAUUUUUAGAUAAUGUUAGGUUGAAUAUUUAAAUUAUUAUUGUACAGAGUGAAUCAAUGGCGGAUUAAAAGAUUACCUCUUCUUAUAGGACUACUUAAAAAAAAUCAAGUAUAAAAGGGACAUCUAGAAACUUUGGAACUUUUAUGGCCAUUGAUCUUUUAUAGCCAUUGAUCUUUUAUAGCGAAAAUAACAACCGGUGAUCAUGAAGUGUUACCAACACAAAAUUUACACAUCAUCAUCUAAAUUCCUUCAAUUCUUAAGAACUUGAAAAACUGGAAGCCAGGAUCUGGAUGCGAACCAAGGACCUUCUGGCACUGGCAAAAGUUUUGUGUAUUUUUACAAUACAACAAUAAACCUUCCAGCUCAA